CCUCUGUUUCCCCGUAUGUCCAAGGGAGAAAAUCCCCCUGGCUCGUGGGCCCUGCCAGCAGGAGGCGCCGGGGCGGGGUGUAGACGGGGGCUGCCCGCGCCUAAUGGCCAUCCAUCUUUCUUUCUCUGCAGGGAGGACGUCACCUACGAGGAGGAGGAGGAAGAGGAGGAAGUGGUAGAGGAGGAGGAAGAGGCAGCCGAGGAGGGGCCCCGAGAACCGGAGCCCCCCAAGCCAGCUCCCCCGGCCCGGCCACUGGCCGACGUCCCACCCCUCCGGCGCAAAUCUUCCGCCAACUACCGGGCCUACGCGACGGAGCCGCACGUCAAGAGAAAAUCCAAGAUUACGGCAUCUCGGAAAUUACAGCUCAAGACGCUGAUGCUGCAGAUCGCGAAGCAGGAGCUGGAGCAGGAGGAGGAGGAGCGGGGCCGGGAGAAGCAGCGGUACCUGGCCGAGCNNNGCCCCCCCCUCCCCCUGCCGACCCUGCCCCUGGCCGAGCUGCAGGCGCUGUGCCAGGAGCUCCACGCCCGCGUGGACCGUGUGGACGAGGAACGCUACGACAUGCACGUUCGGGUCACCAAGAACAUCAACGAGAUCGAGGAUCUGAACCAGAAGAUCUUCGACCUGCGGGGGAAGUUCCAGCGCCCGGCGCUGCGGCGGGUCCGGCUCUCGGCCGACGCCAUGAUGCAGGCCCUGCUGGGCGCCAAGCACAAGGUCUCCAUGGACCUGCGGGCCAACCUCAAGCAGGUCAAGAAGGACGACACGGAGAAGGAGAACCGGGAAGUGGGCGACUGGCGCAAGAACAUCGAUGCCCUGAGCGGCAUGGAGGGGAGGAAGAAGAAAUUCGAGACCUCGGGGGCUGGGCAGGCCUGAGCAGGUGACCCCCCGCCCUGUGCCCCACAGCGCCCCCUUCUGGGAGACGUGGGUUUGGGG